UGUGGCUGAGCACAUUCCUGCAAAGAGAUACACACACUCGCCAUUUUUGUGCUCUCCUCUCUCUUUCUUUCUCCUUUAUGGCGUCUCUUCGGCAGAGUGACGGGCGAGCCAACACAGUCUACAAUGUCGUGAACCACGGAGGGGACGGUAUACCCGUCCUCCGUGUCACGGAGGAGAGAAGCAGCUCGGCGCUCUCUUCAUUCAGCACUCAAGAUGGAGGUGGCCCUCCUCCUUCUCUCCCGAGCUGGCUAGUUCGCUCGAGCCUCCUCGUCCUCGUAUUGUCCGCUCUGAUAAUACAAAUCAUUGGACAGAGGCUUUUGUUUAAAAUAACGGAGUAUCUCGGGUUUUGUCUAAUGUUUGGUUUUGUUUUCAUUCUCAUUUGCUCCAUUUAUUACUGCUGGUGCAUAUUCAGUAGAAAAACCGUUGGAAUUACGGACAAUUCUCAAAUUAUACGUACGUAUGCCAUACUUUGCGUCAGCGAGGUGAUAUCCUGCCUUUCUGACUAUGUUAUCGAUCUCGGCCUCUUGGAGUAUUUCCCAAUUGACAUCGCCUUUUACUUUGUUCUCUCAAUGUCCAUCUUCUCUUUGUUCUCGGGACUAAUACACAGAAACAACCUGUCCGCCAUGUUUAGCCAGGAAACGACUAGUUUUGUUGUCAUUACAGUCAUAACUCAUUAUUCCCUCAGUUGUAUCUUCAAAGAUAUGCUUCCUUCCUUUCUCUACAGUCAGAUUGUAUACUCCUCCUGUCUAUUAGCCAUCACCCUCUCUCUCCUCGUGGACAGAUAUCCACGAUACUUCACUCUCUCGUCCAUUAAAAGGUUUGUUCGUAAUAGUCUCCAGGUAGCUAGAGGAGAAAGCAUUGGAGCUAGUGGGGUUGGGCCUGUCUUGAGCGUGGGGGCCGGAGGAAGAAGAUUUUCAACUGCUUCGUUGGCUAGUAACGUCUCCUCGGUUGUCCCACAGCAUCGGAUGUCCUUAACUUCCCAGUCAAGUAGGGGAACAUCAGUAACCACUAACAAUUUUGAUAGCGAUACUUUAAAUGAGGCUCAUGGCCUGUUGGGAGAUUUGCUGUUCCAAGAAGAGAGUCUAACAAAGAAAGGGAAGGAGUCUCUCAAACACAUACAAGAUCUCCUUGCUCCUCGGGUAACACGUACAGCUCAUUUAGCAAGCUCCAGAUCAAGGAUUGGAUCAGAAGAUGAGGCUAGCGAUACUAGCAGCAAUAUCGGGGUAACUCCACACUUGUAUGGCUACAGGAGCUCAAAGAGUAACAGGAGAAGUGUGCGUAAUCCCAUUAGUCAGUUUACAACAACUACUACAGCUACUGGUCUGCCUAAUAUUAAUCAGGACCCAGUCGAAAGGAAGAGAUCAGUUGCUCCGAGAGAUCUCAAAAGUCGUAUCUCCGUUGUUGAAGGAAGACCCUCGGUCCAUCAGCUACCUCCUAACUUUAGGAAGAGAGUCGGUUCGGUCUCUUCUCCCUUGUCUCGCUCAACAUCCGUGUACUCACAAGAGAGCGAGAUGAGUGAUAUCGAUGGAGGCGGGUCGACCACUGUAGUCCCAGGAUCAGCUACCGAUGAUGAAAAAGCCGCAGGCCAAAGGCAAAAAACUACAUCAGCUACCAAGAGACUGUUCUCUGAUUCAGAUUCUCCCUCUAGUGACACUAAGGACGACUUCAGCCCUGGACUACAGAGGAGGAGAUCAGAUGGUUCGGUGCUUCUUCAUCGAAGAACAGGAUCUCUUCUCUCUUCGUAUGACUCUGUUCCUUCUGAUGUCAUCAUUGAAGAAGGCGGUACUUCUGGUAACGCGGAGAGUGAAGACCCAGCUGCAACCCCUCUAGCGUUGAAUGCUCCUUCCUUCCCUGCCAAUAAAGUAGCUCUAUUUAAUGCCCUAGUCCUGCCCUCCACUGACUAUUCACUGAUGGAAUAUCAACACAGCGAGAUUGAUGUACUGGAUCAAGUGAUGGAGUGGGAUUUCCCGAUUUUCGAUUUGAACGAAAAGUCAGGAAAGCACAUCUUAAGUCAGAUGGCAUAUUGCUUAUUCUUGGAGGCAGGCCUUAUUGAUACAUUUAAAAUCCCUCAGAGGCAAUUUAUAAACUAUUUCAGAAUCCUUGAAGCUAAUUACGGAAAUAAUGCAUAUCAUAAUAGAAUGCAUGCUGCAGAUGUCCUUCAUGCAACAUCUUAUUUAUUAUUUGAGGAGAUACCAGAGUUCUCUCAUGAAAUAUCCCGUAGCUCUGACAGGGAGUGGGUCGGGCAUCAGAGAAGAGUCGCUGGUACUAACAUUGCCUCUGCUCUCUCAAUACUGGAGGUCUUUGCCUGCUAUAUGGCUGCGGCCAUGCAUGAUUUCGAUCAUCCUGGAAGAACUAACGCUUUCCUUGUUGCCACCAAGAAUCCGCUGGCUGUGCUUUACAAUGAUAAAUCAGUCUUGGAGAAUCACCAUGCUGCCGCUUCUUGGGACCUCUUGACGUCUCACGGCGAUACCAACUUCAUCUCUGAUUUCGAAGAAUCCGAACUGAAGAGAUUCCGUUUCUUGCUAAUAGAGUGUAUCCUGGCGACAGAUUUAAAACUACACUUUGACAUCGUUCGGGAUUUCAAAGAUAAAACAGAGGAUGGAAGUGCUGGGCUUGACUGGAGCAGUGAAGUUGAUAGGCUCCAGAUGAUGAAGAUGGUCAUCAAAAUGGCCGACAUCAACACAGCGAGUAAAUCUUAUGAGUUGCAUAGAGCAUGGACUGUACGCAUCACUGAAGAAUUCUAUCAACAAAGUGAUGAAGAAGUAAAGUUAGGGCUCCCUCAGACAAUAUUUAUGCACAGGAAUGAAAAAGAGAAGCUGCCAGCAAUCCAAGUCUCCUUUAUUCAAAAUCUUGUGUCUCCAUUAUUCCACGCUUGUGCAGAGGCUGGCCUCAUACCAGGGAUCAUAGAUAAUGGAGCCUCCAAUGGAGGGGGAGGAGAGAAGGAAGGAGGAAGCGAUGAUGACACUGAUAGUUUAGAUAGUGCUAGUGCUGUCGAAGAUUCACUACCUCUCUCAUCCUCUCCUGUCACUCGUAAAAUCAUAAGUAUCAUCCUCACGAAUCUCGAGAUGAAUUAUCAAGCAUGGAAGAGCGAGAUACCUCCCCCGCCCCCUUCUGAAGAGAAGGCCACACCCACUGAGCCUGCCAGUGAGACUGGAGAUGGUGAAACAACAGAGACUGUUACUAACAAUGACGAUCGUUUUGACGAUGAUGAUAAUACUGAUCACGAUGAGUCUUAGUUAAUCUCUUAUUUUUUGGUGUUUUUUAUGAUUAUUGUUAUUUUAGCGAUUGGUAUGUCCAUAUGUUCCCCGAGGUGCUAAUUCACACCUAUGUUUACACUA